UAGCAAGAGAAGUAAAUAAGAUGAUUAAUAAAAUAUUUUCAUUGUUAUUAGUUCUUGAACUAUUAUGCAGUGUAUAUGGACAAGAAUCAUCUACAUCUGGUAAUGUCAUUUUAGACAGCAGUGAAGACAGUAGUGACAACAGCAACAGUAGUGACAGCGACGACAGUAGAGUCAGUGGCGACAGUAGUGACAGCAGUGAUAGCAACAGCAGCGUUGACAGUGACGAAAAUUUCAUAGACUUCGAUAUUCCUGAUUACUAUCCUUGUGGCAAUAAUUCUGAUGUAGACUGCGUUCGAAGAUACUUCACCUUUAGCUCUCCAUGCAGGCCAGUCUUCUACCGAGACGUUCCAGUGGUCGUCAGAAGGAGACAGCCGGUCUACUUGCCUAAAAUUAACCUUACAGUUGUCACCUACUUUGGCCAAAUCCAUUACGAGGGUGUCAGUGUUGAAACGUUCUAUGAAAGCCCAAAAUCAAGGGUUCUCGUGCUGACCCUCUCAUUUACAAAUAUUAACAUUACUACUGCCAUUGCGGAGUUCAUCAUCAGCAGAAGAGGCGCAGUACCAAUUACUAUAGUCGACUCUAUCUCUGCUAGCUAUUCUGACGUUUCCCUGACUGCUGUGAUCCCUAAGAACCCCCGCAUCAACUUGAGGGCUGCUUCAGUGUUUGCCUACAUAUCAGAUCCCGAACCGGUCUUCGAGCUAGGACCCUUAUUCUCUAACAGUUCAGAUGAACUCGUCGCGCAAACGUAUCAAGCCUUGAUCGAAGAUAAGGCGACUGCAGUUCAAGAAAUCUACCUUACCGACGCCUACAGUUAUUUCUUUGGCUACUUCAAUAAUAUUAUUUGCAAUUCCGGCGUUCCGUACUCAGAGUAACAAAAAUAUGAUAAGGCGUUGACGCUAUUGAAGUAAUUAUUAAGUUUUUAAUUUUUUUAUCUACUAAGAUUGAAAUUAAUUUAGAUAAAAGUACCUACUGCUGUGAAUAUACUUAAUUAGUAACAAACAUUAAUGUUAUUAGAAUAAAAAGUUAAAAAGAUGUGAUUUUAUUUUGAUAAUUAUAAAUAACUUGAAAAAAUCGAACUGCCUAAGGCUAGUUUGAGAUGCGACUCUUAACGCUAAAAAUUUAAUAACGAUGUGAUUUUACUCUUUUAUUUUUUGAAUAAAGUUGAGUCACCUAAAAUAGCGAAAAUCAAGUAAAAAUUAAAAAAAAAUACAUAAAUCUCCGAAAAAUUUUUAUUUACACUUGACAAGCUUUAAUGUAAAAAAUACCUAAUAAUUAAGGACAUAAUAACUUAGGGACACAGAACUACAAUACAGGGUAGAAUUUUGUAAUGCAACCUGGAGGGAAAGUACUCCCAAUACUAGAUAGAAAAGUUACUACAAAAAAAACAUUCCUGUAUUUUUGAAAAGAAAUAGAACUACAUUCAAAGAUUUCCAAAAAUUUGCUUGCCACACCCGGAAAUCGAACCAAUUAAACUCUGUUCAAAAUUA